AAGGCUUCUGGUUUUUAUAUUCGCAAAACGCAACCCCCAAGAGAGAGAUGAAAACAUCAAUACUACCAACAGAACAGCAAAGCAACCACUGGCAUUAAGAGGCACCCGCCACCACCCACACGAGUGGUUUUUGUUAGAGACAGAAAAAUCAGUCUCAAUAUAACCACCCUGACCUCAUUUUUAUUUUACAUAGAGAUUGCGGGGAAGAAAGGAGGAAUCGUGUGAGUUCCUCUCUUCUUUUUGGUUGUUUUGCUUACCUUUCUCUUUCAUUCAACCUUGAAACUGUUCUUGUUCCCCUUCUUUUAAACGUUUUUCUACUUCUUCUUGUUCUUGUUAUAUCUUUCCCUCGGCCUCUACCCCAUUUCACUUUUAUUGUCUUUCUUUCUCUCUUGGGCUAUAUAACUAGAAAAAUGCAGUGCAUUUUCUCCUUCUUUCUAUUAGUCUCUCUUCUUUACUAGCCUCUCUAUAGCUACUUCUUUUUCUAUCCCAUUUCAAGGUUUUUUUUUUUUAAUUUCCAUUGUGCUAUUACUUGCGAUGAGUCUUCAGCACUUGGUGAGUGAUUGUCAUGGCUUCACUGUAGUUCAUCAAGAUAUGAACUUUGUGCUUCCUCCUCCUCCUUCUGCUCCUCAACUCUCUCUGUCAAACUCUUUUGGAGUUAUGCGUCAUCAUCCUAUGGGGGAAGAGAGUAAUAGUCCCGCUGCAAUAAUGGGGCUUCAGAUUUUGAGCCCUUCCAGUUUUAAGCCAGAGGAGAACAGGGGAGCAAAGAGAAUAGUUGAAGAAAGCGAUGGGUUUUUAGGGAUUGAAAAAAAGGGGCUUUCUUUGAACUUAGGUGAAGAAAUAGAGGAAGUGAAGACCUCUGUUUCUGUCAAAACUAAGCACACUAAACUUUGUGCUAGAGGCCAUUGGAGACCGACUGAAGAUGCUAAGCUCAAAGAGCUUGUUGCCCAAUAUGGUCCUCAAAACUGGAACUUAAUUGCUGAAAAUCUUGAAGGAAGAUCAGGGAAGAGUUGCAGAUUGAGAUGGUUUAAUCAGCUAGAUCCAAGAAUCAACAGGAGGGCAUUCAAUGAGGAAGAAGAAGAGAGGCUGUUAGCGGCUCAUAGAUUGUAUGGAAACAAAUGGGCGUUAAUUGCAAGGCUGUUUCCAGGGAGAACCGAUAAUGCAGUGAAGAACCAUUGGCAUGUGAUAAUGGCUAGAAAACUCAGAGAACAAUCAAGCAUUUACAGAAGGAGAAAGCCAACUUCUGCCUCUCAGAUUGGACUUGAAAAUAUGAUUAUCCCAAACAAUAAUGCAGGCUGUGAUUCAACAACAAUCUCAAGCAAUGAAUCCGCCUCAACAAUCACUGAUCUCUCUCUCACUCCCUCUUCAGCUAAAGCUCCACCUGCAAUUUUCACUAGGUUCUCACCUAUGGGUAAAUGUUCAUCUGCAGACAAGGGGAUAACAAGGGGAAGCACAGGAGACGUUGACAAAUUUCAUGGAUAUUUCAAAGCAGGUAAAAUGGAAGUGGCUAUGGCAGUGGACCAAUCUGGGAACUCAUCAGAUUCAAAUUCAGAAGUUUCAGCAACAGAUUCAGUAACCAACAUCAACCCCAUCACCAAUAUUUCUCUCUCUGGGGAAAAUGAGAAUGCUUAUCAGAAGAAGACCCACAUGCACUUCAUUGAUUUCCUUGGAGUAGGAGCCCCUUAGAACUU